CCAAACCAUGUGGUGUCAUACUGGGCAAUGGCACUGGGGGAGUUGGCUGGGGGGAUGCUGUUGCUCAAGGAUGGAGUGGGUGUUGAUCAGCCAGUGAUUACCAAGAGGAUCGCUUUAAUCAGCUUUGAGACCUGCUAAUGCUGUAGAGAUCUUUGAAGGACUACUGCUGUUUUUGUCUUCAUGCAGCUGAUGCAAGACAGAAUGAACAUCAUGCCCUUGUGUCAUCGCUGGAGGAGAUGCAUCUCCAUAGGACCGGUGUGUUCCCCCACGGGAUACAAGAAGGCGGAUGAUGAGAUGUCCGGAGCCACGUCUUCGGCGGAUCUGGACGAGGCGCCAGCCCGCACCAUUUACGUGAACCAGCCCCAGCAGAGCAAGUUCCGCGACAACUGGGUCAGCACAGCCAAGUACAGUGUGGUGACUUUUCUACCUCGAUUCCUGUAUGAGCAGAUAAGAAAAGCUGCAAAUGCGUUCUUCCUCUUCAUUGCCUUACUGCAGCAAAUUCCAGAUGUCUCUCCAACAGGAAGAUAUACCACCUUGGUGCCAUUGCUAUUUAUUUUGACAGUUGCUGGCAUCAAAGAAAUCAUAGAAGACUAUAAAAGACAUAAGGCAGACAGUGCAGUGAACAAAAAGAAAGCAGUAGUUCUAAGAAAUGGGAUGUGGCAGGACAUUGUGUGGAAAGAGGUAGCAGUAGGCGAUAUUGUGAAGGUCACCAAUGGGCAACAUCUUCCAGCAGACAUGAUCAUUAUAUCUUCCAGCGAACCUCAAGCCAUGUGCUAUAUUGAAACAGCUAAUCUUGAUGGGGAGACGAAUCUUAAAAUACGACAGGGGUUGUCUCAAACUGCUAGUCUCCAGUCAAAAGAAGAAUUGAUGAAAGUAUCUGGAAGGAUAGAAUGUGAAGGACCAAACCGUCAUCUCUAUGACUUCACUGGAACCUUACGCUUAGAUGGUCAAAGCCCAGUUCCAGUUGGUCCAGACCAGAUCUUGCUAAGAGGUGCACAACUGAGAAACACUCAAUGGGUGUUGGGUAUUGUUGUGUAUACAGGAUUUGAUACGAAACUCAUGCAAAAUUCAACCAAAGCACCUCUGAAGAGAUCAAAUGUGGAGAAAGUAACCAACAUGCAGAUCCUGGUUUUGUUCUGUAUUCUCCUGGUGAUGGCCCUUGUGAGUUCUGUAGGUGCCUUAUUAUGGAACAGAACACAUGGCGAAGUCGUGUGGUACCUUGGCUCUAACAAAAUGCUAUCUGUCAACUUCGGGUACAAUCUGCUGACAUUUAUUAUCUUGUACAACAACCUUAUUCCAAUCAGUCUUUUGGUGACGUUAGAAGUUGUCAAAUUCACCCAAGCUCUCUUUAUAAAUUGGGACAUGGAUAUGUAUUAUCCUGAAACUGACACACCUGCAAUGGCCAGAACCUCAAAUCUUAAUGAGGAACUUGGGCAGGUAAAAUACCUGUUUUCAGAUAAAACGGGUACUCUAACAUGUAAUAUCAUGAACUUCAAGAAAUGUAGUAUUGCUGGAGUGACAUAUGGCCAUUUUCCGGAGUUGGAAAGAGAACGUUCAUCAGAGGACUUCAGCCAGCUACCUCCUCCUACCAGUGAAUCGUGUGAAUUUGAUGACCCAAGACUGCUGCAAAACAUUGAAAAUGACCAUCCUACAGCUGUACACAUACAGGAGUUCCUCACUCUGCUGGCUGUGUGUCACACUGUAGUUCCUGAGAGACAAGGAAAUAAAAUUAUCUACCAGGCCUCCUCUCCAGAUGAAGGGGCUUUAGUGAAAGGAGCAAAAAAACUUGGUUAUGUCUUCACAGGAAGGACUCCACAUUCAGUUAUCAUUGAUGCGCUGGGAAAAGAAAAAACCUUUGAAAUUCUUAAUGUUCUGGAAUUUUCCAGUAACAGGAAGAGAAUGUCUGUGAUUGUUCGAACUCCAGCAGGACAACUACGUCUGUACUGCAAAGGAGCUGACAAUGUAAUUUUUGAGAGGCUUUCGAAAGAUUCCCAGUAUAUGGAGCAAACACUGUGCCAUCUUGAGUACUUUGCCACAGAAGGUCUGAGGACUUUGUGCAUCGCUUAUGCCGAUCUGUCAGAAAACUCUUACAGAGAGUGGCUGAAUGUCUAUAAUGAAGCCAGUAUACUUUUGAAAGACAGAACUCAGAAGUUGGAAGAAUGCUAUGAGAUCAUUGAGAAGGAUUUACUGCUUCUUGGAGCCACAGCCAUUGAAGACCGCCUGCAAGCAGGUGUUCCUGAAACAAUAGCCACACUAAUGAAGGCAGAAAUUAAGAUAUGGAUUCUGACAGGGGACAAGCAGGAAACAGCUCUCAACAUAGGGUACUCUUGCAGACUCAUUUCACAGAGCAUGUCUCUCAUCCUGGUCAAUGAAGAUUCCCUGGAUGCAACAAGAGCUUCUUUGACUCAUCAUUGUAACAGUCUGGGGGACUCCUUGGGCAAGGAAAACGAUAUUGCUCUGAUUAUUGAUGGCCAUACACUGAAGUAUGCCCUUUCAUUUGAAGUCAGGCAGAGCUUUCUGGACUUGGCACUCUCCUGUAAAGCAGUCAUUUGUUGCAGAGUAUCUCCUCUACAGAAGUCUGAAAUAGUAGACAUGGUAAAGAAACACGUGCAUGCCAUAACACUUGCCAUUGGGGAUGGUGCCAACGACGUGGGAAUGAUCCAGACCGCUCAUGUUGGAGUAGGGAUCAGUGGCAACGAGGGCAUGCAGGCAACCAAUUGCUCGGAUUAUGCCAUUGCACAGUUUUCCUACUUGGAGAAGCUGUUGUUGGUCCAUGGAGCUUGGAGUUACAAUCGAGUUACCAAGUGCAUUCUCUACUGCUUCUACAAGAAUGUGGUUUUGUAUAUUAUUGAGCUUUGGUUUGCUUUCGUUAAUGGAUUCUCUGGGCAGAUUUUAUUUGAGCGAUGGUGCAUUGGUCUGUAUAAUGUGAUUUUCACAGCAUUGCCACCCUUCACUCUGGGAAUCUUUGAACGAUCGUGUACUCAAGAUAGCAUGCUUAGAUUUCCACAGCUAUACAAAAUUACUCAGAAUGCAGAUGGGUUCAACACAAGGGUUUUCUGGGGUCACUGCAUCAAUGCCCUGAUCCAUUCCAUCAUUCUCUUCUGGUUUCCACUGAAAGUACUGGAGCAUGAUGCAGUAUUCACAAACGGGCAGGGAAUCGACUAUUUAUUUGUUGGAAACAUAGUUUACACUUACGUUGUAGUCACUGUUUGCCUAAAAGCUGGCUUGGAAACAACUGCGUGGACUAGAUUCAGUCAUCUGGCCGUCUGGGGAAGCAUGCUGCUCUGGCUCGUCUUCUUUGGUGUCUACUCAGCCAUGUGGCCCACAAUCCCCAUCGCACCCGACAUGCUGGGGCAGGCUGGAAUGGUGCUGAGAUGUGGCUACUUCUGGUUCGGGUUAUUUCUCGUGCCCACUGUGUGCCUUGUGAAAGAUGUGGCAUGGACAGCGGCCAAGCAUACCUACCAUAAAUCUUUGCUGGAACAAGUUCAAGAGUUGGAGAUGAAGACAAGAGAGCUGGGAAAAGCCAUGCUUCGUGACAGUAAUGGAAAGAGCGUGAACGAACGUGAUCAUUUGUUAAAAAGGCUUGGCAGGAAAACUCCUCCGAGCCUUUUCCGUGCUCAUUCUGUCCAGCAAAGUGUAUCACAUGGCUAUGCGUUUUCUCAAGAAGAACACGGCGUUGUUUCCCAGUCACAAGUUGUUCGAUCCUACGACACAACCAAAAGGAGAACAGAAAUAGAAUAAAUGGUUCUUUGCUUGAUGGGUGGUGGGAAUAAUGGGAUUUGGAUCAAUGCAUCCACUCUUAACACAUUCUUGACUAGGGCUGGCAGCAGCAGCCAAAACACCAGAGAACUCAUUUCUGUGGCCUUAGCCAACACGUUUCUGUAUUCUCCCUGCAAACCUCGAGUAGUACGUGUUGUGGGGGGAAAUCAUUGUUCAACUUCAGUCGCAAAGCUCUGCCUAAAGUUUUGUUUAUGUUGUUAUGAAGCAUUUGACUGUGCUAUGUGAGGUGUGAAAUUAAAAACAAUGUUUUACCACUGUUUAAAGCAUCAGCAUAAGGUUGUUCUGGGAGAAAAGCUGAAAAUUUAUGUUCCAUGAGAAAUCAGCCUUUGCUUAAUUGGAACAGGGUGCUGAGAUUUCCUGUUUUGUUACAUACAGACCAGGAGCACACGGCUGCAUGUAGACUUUAUUCCCUCCAGCAUUCACUGAUUACUAGAUUUGACUGAAAUAUUUAACAGACAAUUUGGCAUAAAAAUUUUGAUUGCAGUGGAAACACAAUCUGUAGCUAAAAAUGCUUAUUUGCCUUCUUAUAACAGGGUAUCACAAUAGCAAUGAAUUAUAUAGAGUACUUCUUGCCCUCUUACAGGAUUUAUUAGGGCUCUAUCCUAGCUUUCUGAAAACAGAUCAAUAGCUUACUUGCACAGCCAGGCUGUGGGAGUUGGAGAGCUUGCCAGGCAGCUACGUGGAGCGCAUGGCAUUCUCACAAAAAGGAACUCACAUAGGUAACUCUGCAGGUUAUAUUUCGAUGUGCACUUCAGAUUUAGCCUGGGAUUUCCCUCCAUUAUCCCAUUCCCAUUUUAACAAUAGAAUGAACCAGUAGGAACAGAGAGGUAGAAGCUUUUCACAUCCGUAGACAGACGAGUGUGUGCACCUUGUGCUGUGAUCCUACAGAGGCGCUCCUCCGGCCAGGUGCGAGGGGAGGGCUGGGGGAAGUUAGGAAAGGUUAACAUGCAUGUGAGUGCAUGUGCACACAGAGCUGCUCGUUGUGGAGGGAAGAGCUGCUGCUUGUUUGUGCGGCCAGAGCGGGCCCUUCUCUAGAGCAGAUCCAUCCGCAGGCUGCCCGCCCCUGCAUGGCAAGCCCUGGGAAGAACGCUGCCUUCACUGACUCUGGGAGAGGGGCAAGCGUGCUGCUGCAUACAUUGGCACUAUGGAAAAAGAGGGAAAACUGGGGCAUAAUUUAAAGCUGAAAGAGCUCUUAGAAAGCUUAUGCUGUCCUCCAGACAAGUUCUAUUAAUUUUAGUCGCCAAGCCACGUUUCUGAAUUGCAUAAAGUAAAUACUGCUGUGUUCUAGCCAGGUUUUGUGGUUGAUGUAUAUACUACAUCUGUGCGUUUGAGAAGUUGGCGCUGUUUCUUGCCCUAUUGACCGUCAUCCAGAACUUUUGUUGAUUUAAAUAUAUCCGAAAGCAAUUUGAAUAUGAAUAUUUAUGCUUAGCAAAGAAAAAAAAAAAAAACCAAACAAAAACCAGCCUGACUCACUGGCUUCAUCUCGCUGACAGGCUGUGAGUGAAUGCUGGCACUGCAGCAGCAGGCCGGUUCCCAGUGCCACCUCAGGGGCCCGAGUCCCCACCCAUGUUACAAAGAAGGUUUGGCUCCUGUGGCACCAGGCAGGAUUGCUCCUGGAUUAGGUCGAUGGCAGGGAGGGAAAAGUCAUCACCUUCUUUCUGCAGUGCUAAUGAGACAAUUAUGCAGCAAGGGGAAAUUGCAAAUAAUUUUGCCAUAGGCGCAAAUGUCGAGGGGCCAAGUGUGUGCGUGUGUGUGUUUUUCUGCGAGAUUAGUUUUGUUUAAAGGCAGGAAUUCUAGGGGAGAAGAUAAAUAAGGGGAGGCUAAACCUGAUCCCAGGAGUUUGCAAAUCUUAAUCCUGAUCUAACCUGUUAAACAGUUUCUUUCAUUUAGAAGCAAAAUCUUUUUAGGAAAUGUGAGGUGUCCUCGAAACUGCUAACUGCUUCUUCCUUUUGUAGCACCACAAGGAAAAUUAGCUGCCCGCUGAGACAAAGUGAGAUCAGCUCACUCUUUGUAUUCUAAGCCACACACUAAACAUCGGUAUGUAAACAAUUUGGAGGUUUUUCUUGAGGAUACCAAAAAAAAGACUUUUAAAAACCUCCGAGUAAUGGAGGAGGGCAAAUAAAUGUGUUGAGCAGAGAAUAGAAGGGAUCCCGGAGUCUUUUCUGUUCUUAACUUGGUCCAGCAAACGUUUCACAGAGCCAAUGAGAGGUGCUGGGGAGGAGCAGCUGCCAUCCAAUGUGAUUUAUUUUAUUGGCACAGGCUGUGGGCUGCAUCACUGUGACCUCUCUGUAAAUUGAGGUCAGAGGGGAGCACGAAGACAAACCCACCCUCGAGUGAGUGGGGGCUUGGACCGAGGUACGUUUGUUGGAUGUCAGCUCAAUGGGAAUUACACAUGGGGUUUGUCACACGGCUAUACAGUAUGUGACACCGGGGCUGGCGGGUCAGGCUUUAUCAUCACUGUAAGGCCUUAAUCUCGAUCUGAGUUAAUCCUGUGGAGCCCACCCAGGUCAAGGCCUGGCAUUCUUUUUGUUCUUUGGAGUCGUUACAGGAAUUAAUCUGUUGUAAUGCACUGUAGGCUGGAUGUUGGAGUUGCUUGCUGUUGUGAACAAUGAUUAGGUGUAUUCAAGUGUCACGUUAACAACAGGAGAAGGGCAGCUGUUCUGUAUCAACAGGAUUCCUCGUUCAUUAACACAAAUGCACGUAGCAAUAACAGCGACCUUUGAAAGCACUCUGUGGAGAUGUCAUCAGCUAGACAGGGUAGUGGAGCGGAAGGAAUGGGAGGUUUCUGCUUGACUGUCCAGAUUUAACUACCUGGGACUGAGUACAGAAGGGUUUCUUCAGCAGCUCUCUGCACUGACCACAGUGGUGGGGCUUGAUUCAGUUUGGGUUCUUUCCAGUAUUCAGGAAGAAGUCGUGAUUUUCCUGAGUUAAAUCUGGAUCUGGUUGCUCCUUUUUGUAUCACUGCAGUCAUCGUUUGCACACAGGCUGCCCUUCCUCUGGCUGCCAGCUGGUAACAAAUGAGCGGCAGGGAGCUGGGCAGUGCUGAGCAGCCCACUGAUGUUUCCUUUUCCCUGCCAGGGCUGCAGGCCUUGCUGUGGGGGACUAUCUCGGGAAGCCAGGAAUUACUUGUCAAGCAGAAAUGGCAAAUAACCAAUAUAAGUAUCUGAAUCGAACUAAGCUGCUAAUGUAUCUGAAAUUCUGUCUGGAGUUAACACGAACUGUAGGGAUGUAAAUUAAGAUAGCAGUCAAGCCUCACUAGUCGGCACUUCACCAGCCCACACGCUUGUCCAUGUGUGCCAGAAUUGUGCAGGCUCAGCCUGCCCCGCCAGCAGCACACAGCAGAUGCUGUGCGGAACACCUCUGUUCCUAAGCCUGUGUGAUUUUUGCAGUGUGUACUUGAGUGUGUUAGCUGGAAGACAAUCGAUGCUCAUAAAUAAAGAAAGGAAUGCUUGGGUGGACCAGAAUAAGUGAAAUCUGGGGACUGAGGUGGCCAGGGGCACGCUGGGUGCAGCUGGGCUGUCUGUGGGCACCCCCAAGGCCCUGGGGGAGGCACACGGUUCCCCUGCCGCUCCUGUCCCACAGCUUUUGUCCUCUGGGGCUAAAGCACCACAUCUGUAGUUUUGCAUCGCCUCCAGUCAUCAGUGCAGUAAUGCCCAAUUGACAUUCUCCCAUGGUUUAAGUCAUUAAAUAAUGACUUAAUUUUGUUUGUAACUACUCUGGGGACAAUACUGCUAUUAUGCCUCACAGCUUAGGUUUGAAGUGGAGCAGCCCUUGAGCAGGUGCUCACCCUCAGCAGCACACUGCACUUGUCAGCUAAAUCCCUGGUUUAACGGCAUCGAGGGUAUUUUAUCUUAGUUUCAGCUCAUCACAUUCAAUGCCUUAAACUUCCAUCAGUUUGCAGGGCACACUCCUGGCCUCUCACUGAGCCUACUGCUGAGCAGGACACAACGACGAUAGAAAACACAACAGGUCUUUCCAGCCAUAAUGGAUUGGAGGAGAAAUUGGCCGGUUCUGUGCUGUACCAGCUGCGUUCGGUCAGCAGUCUGCUUCUGAAAUGUGGCACUGCCCACAUGCUCAGUCUCCACACUACUGGGCUCAGGCUGCCUAAGAAUCGUCCAGCCCUUCCAGGACGGACCAUUGCACUCAACUCUGCCAGGGUCUGUGCUGCAGCUCAGCUUUUUGCAGUGCUCAGCCUCCUGGCCUGGCUGCACCAGUCCGUGCUCACACUCACAGCUGAACAGCUGUUACAUGUAAGCACUAGUGCUGUGCCUGGAGGGGACAGCAGGACCUGUCCAUGCGAUACAUGACAAAGGCAAGCCAUGUCUGGGUGCAAAGGAUAACUUACCACACUUUCACCUGGCAGUAAGAUGAAUGGAGGCUUUGCGCCUGGUUUGCAAAUGAAAACUAGAGAGUGCCCUGUGCUGCUUGGCCACAAAGGUGCAUCCCAAAGGCGAUCGCUUCUCAGUGACCUGCAGACAGCCCAGAUGAUCUGAGCGUUACUUGGCCUGCCAUCUGCUCUGGGGUGGGUGGUCAGGAAGGAUGAGGGAGCAGGGGGGGAAAUGGCUGGGCAGGGACCAGGGGAGCAGGGGAGCGGCCAUCCCUGAAGAGCCAUGAUAAAGCUUCUUCCUUGGGCUCCUUGCUGGGAGUAGGCAUACGGCAGUGCUCUCAUCUCCUGAAGCGUCUCUCUGGUGCAAAGCUGGGUCCCGAGCUUGGAGAAAGGGAACACAUCGCUGUCAGCAGCCUCUGCUGCCCAGUGUAGGUGCCAGUGGUUGGUUGGUGGGACAGCUCACAGGAUUGCUUGCUGGCUGUUGUCUACCCCAGGGACACGCAGGGAGUGAACGCUGGUUGGCUUUGGUUGUCCAGGGAGCGGAUUUCUCAGGUGGAACUUGUCAGUGGUGCUCCUGGGCUGGUUCCUGUGCCGUUGGCAGGCGGAGGGGGCCUGUUGGUCAGGAAGGCUGGCCUUUUCACUUGAAGGCUGAGAGCUGUUUCAUGCCAAUUUACGUCAUACUCAUUAGUGGUGUGGACAGAAGGUAAACAUCUUCUGCAACCUUCCUUUAUGCGUGCUGAUGAGACAAGCUGCUUGAAAUCUGCAGUUUGUCUCGCAGCAUCUCAGCAUCUCUAUGGAUGCUGAAGUGAAAUGUAAAGUGGGUAAAGGACAAGUUUGGUGCAGGGGAGCCCCCACCUCGGAGCAGUCAUGCAAAGCCUAACAAUGAAGGAAAGCCAAAAUAUUGCCGAAGUGUCACCGUGCAUAACUGUGAGGUCAGCACCCCUGUAAUUAGCGAGUGGUGGAGCUGAGGCAGAGAAAGCCAAUAUCAAGAGAAAGACGUGAUUGUUUUAGGUUCUGGCCACCUUACUGGGUGGCUUCCCCAAGAAGAUGUUCCAGAUGUCUUGGCAUAAAUUAAUCCCCUUCAAAACAUCUGCUGGGUUUCUUAGAAAACAUGGAGUUGAACAGCUGCUGUAUGUGCUUUGCUUUGCCCUUCUGGUUGAUAUUUUGUUUAGGAGGUGAGUGCAGACACACUGCUCUUACCACCAGCAGCACGCAGACUGAAAGCAGCCCCAAGCAGGUCCCAGCUCUCCUCGAGCAGGGCCUGGGCUGAUCCCCAGCACUGAGGGGCUGAGCCCUGUAGGUCUGUGUGGGAAAACCUGCCCCAAAGUGCAGCCAUCGGUCCGGGAGGUCACACGUUCAGCAGUCUGAGUGACAGGAUCCUUACCGACACAUUUUUCAUCAGUGAGCUGAGUCAUGUGCCCACUUGUCUGUCAUAUCUGUGCUCAAAUUGCUUAAAUAUUGUUACAGAUGGAGAGGUUUUAAUCUGGGUAUGCAGCACACAGUAGUGCUGUGGGGGAACGCUUAAUUGGCUCCCAGCAGAGCAGAGGGAGCUGGGUGCUGUGUGGGUUUUCCUGCAGAAGCCUUCCCAUUUUCACCUUCUAUUAAUGUCCUCUGGUCGUUUCAGCGCAGCAUCGCAUUACAGUGGGGUUUGUUUCCCUCCCAGACUGAAUACAAAUGAAGGUCAUUUACUCGUAUUUUUAGAAGGUUCUGAAAACUUAGCGAAUUUGUAGCUUUGAACAGAAUUGUUGACUGUUGUAUGUCUGCACAAAAAUAUUUCAAA